GACAUGAAUUCUGCUCUUCCCAUAGUUUGUCUUAUAAAUGUGGCUGUGUUGUACAAAAUAUGGAGGAAAAUGUCCUGCCAGUUAAAGCAGUGAAUGUCUCUUAUUCACUCUGUUUUCAAAAGUGAGAUAAAAAGGAGAACGGCACUUUAGUUUUAUGGUUGAAGUUAAUGAUCUGUAAUUUGCAGCCCACCUCUUCAUUGAGCCCGUGUUGUGAAGAUGAAGGCCAUGCAGGUGAUUUCUUUGACUCUGCUGUGUGCUGUAGCAGCCAGCGCUCAGGUCCUGAGGUGGGGAAAAUGUCCCAAACCCCCAGUGCAGGCCAACUUUGAUUCCAGCAGGUACGUUGGUAAGUGGUUUGAGAUCCAGAAGCUGCCAACACAGUUCCAGAAAGGCGAGUGCGGCACUGCCACCUACAGCCCAAAGAGUCCUGGAGUCAUCGGAGUCCUCAACAGUGAGCUUCUUGAGGAUGGAACCAUUAAUUCUAUCGUCGGCUCUGCCAAGGUCAAGCACCCCUCUGAGCCUGCCAAGCUGGAGGUCUCCUUCACUGACAUUCCAUCUCCCCCCGGUCCUUACUGGGUGCUUUCCUCCGACUACGAGACCCACUCUUUGGUCUAUGGCUGCACAGACUUUGGCCUGUUCCGCAUGGAGCUGGCCUGGAUCCUGAGCAGAGAGCCCACCAUGUCCGAUGAGACCCUGCAGAGCGUUCACAGCAUCCUGUCUGCUGCUGGAGUCAACGUGGAUAAGCUGGUCGCUACCAACCAGGAUGAGACUUACUGCAUCCCCAUGAACCAGUAACCUGAGAUACUCCUGUUUCAGCCUACAGGACUAUGAGAUAGGGACACUUUGCCCUGUCAGCAUGUCAAUGCAAAGUGCAAUAAACCUGUAGACAAAAAA